AUGGCCCUCGUCGCCGGCUCCUACGAGCGCUUCAUCUGGGGCUUCUCCCUCAAGGCCCUGGCCGCCGCGCCCCCCUCCUCCGAGCCCCAGGCCCUCGCGCCGCUCUUCUCCUACCCGGCCCACGCGGGGCCCAUCCGCUGCGUGGCGGCCGCGCCGCGGGCGGGGCUCGCGGCCUCCGGCGGCGCCGACGACUCCAUCCGCCUCUACGACCUGCGCGCCGCCGCCGACCUCGGCCCGCUCCUCGACCCCUCCGCCGCCGUCUCCGCGCUCGCCUUCCACUCCAUCGGCCCCGUGCCCCGCAACCUCCUCGCCGCCUCCGACGACGGCCUGCUCCACAUCUACGACGCCGACGGCUUCGCGCUCCUCACCUCGCUCCGCGUCUUCCCGCGGGGUCGCGAGGCCGCCGACGCCCUCGCCGUGCACCCCUCGGGCCGGGUCGCGCUCGCCGUCGGCCGCGCCGGGGGCCUCUCCAUGGUCAACCUCCUCCGCGGCCGCCGCAGCUUCACCUGCCGCCUCGAGCGCCCCGCCUCGGCCGUCGCGUACGCCCAGGACGCCGCCGGCGGUGACCGGUUCGUGAUGGCUGCCGAGGAGAAGGUCACCGUGCAUGACUCCGAGGACGCCAGGAUCAUCCAUGAGAUGCGCUGCGACAAGAGGGUUCUUGCCUUAGCUCCAUCAAAGAAUGGAGCUCUUUACACCGGAGGAGAGGAUCGUGGUAUUACUGCUUGGGAUCUGUCGAGCGGCAAGGUUUCAUCGCGCAUCGAGGGCGCUCAUUCAACUCGUGUAAAAGGGAUUGUCAUUUUCGAUAACCAGAACAACGGAUCUGAAUCGAGCACUUUGGUUGCCUCGGCUUCAUCUGAUGGCAUCAUAAGGAUCUGGGAUGUUCGGAUGAUUGGAAGCGAGAAGCCUACUCCAUUGGCAGAGGCCAACACAAAAGCAAGGCUAACAUGCCUUGCUGGGACAUCAUUGAAAUGA